AUGGGCGCCAUUCCCUCUUUCGAUGAACUGCCCUCCGUGCCAGGACAUCCUCAGAGCAAGUGCUCCUGGGGCAUUUUCGACGAGAAUGGUCAAAAAGACCUCUACGGAACGUUGAACUUCAUCACGCCAGACGUCGUGAAAACCGCUGCCACUGAGAUCCAUCAGGGUCUCUCUGUCUCCCUCAACUGGUCGCUAGGGGGUAUCAAGAGUAAGGGACACUUUCGCAAACAUCUUUCCCGUCGCGUGGUCAGACUGGACGAUCCCGCAACUGGGCAAGGCUUUGGAUUUGAUGAUGAGGUGGAUUUCAACACCCAAGGAAGUAGCCAGUGGGACAGUCUUUGCCACUUCCAGCACCUCCCCUCCGGUCUAUCCUACAAUGGGUUCAAACCGACGGUCGAAGCCCUCGAAGCAAACAACGGCCUCCCAACCCUAGAUCACUGGCACGCCCGCGGUGGUCUCACCGGCCGAGGCGUCCUGAUUGACUUCACAUCCUACGCCGCCGCAAAAGGAAUCCAAUACUCCCCCUUCUCCGGUUUCCGCAUCAGCGCCGCAGACAUCGAAGCAGUCGCAGCCCACCAAGGCACCACCUUCGAAAAGGGCGAUAUCCUGAUCAUCCGAUUCGGGGUAACAGAGGCACUGGGACAAAUGAGCGGGGACGAGCAAUCAGCCGCCAUGGCGCCAGUGCGAUGCUGUGGAAUCGAAGGAACCGAAGAUAUGGCACGUUGGCUCUGGACCAGACAAUUCGCUGCCGUCGCGUGUGAUAAUGUAGCCGUGGAGGCUAUGCCCCCGAUUGUGGAUGGGGUAGAGCGACCGCCCACCGAGCUUGUGCUGCACCAAUGGUGUCUUGGUUUGCUUGGAAUGCCGCUCGGGGAGCUGUGGGACCUGAAGGCCCUGGCUGAGGAGUGUAAGAAGGCUGGGAGGUAUAGCUUUUUCUUGACCUCGGCGCCGCUGAAUGUGCCUGGUGCUGUUGGAAGUCCGCCGAAUGCGCUGGCUAUUUUGUAA